GACUUUUCUUAAAGUGAAGGUACUUAACUCAAGCAACUUCAGAUACACACAGAAUGGGAUUUUACACAUGUUGGACAGAAAUAAGAGAAUCAAGCCACGACCAGAAAGAUUCCAGAACUGCAAAGAUGUUUUUGAUUUGAUCCUAACGUGUGAAGAAAGAGUCUAUGAUCAAGUAGUAGAAGAUUUAAAUUCCAGAGAGCAGGAGACAUGUCAGCCAGUACAUGUGAUCAAUGUGGACAUUCAGGAUAACCAUGAGGAGGCAACGCUGGGUGCUUUCCUUAUCUGUGAGCUCUGCCAGUGUAUACAGCACACAGAAGACAUGGAAAAUGAAAUAGAUGAGCUGUUACAGGAAUUUGAAGAGAAAAGUGGAAGGACUUUUCUUCAUACUGUCUGCUUUUAUUAAAGCACAUCUGUCUCUUAGGCCUUAAUACCGAUGAGGGAAGCAUGUGUUUAAAGUUCUGAUUAUACUGUAUUUUUCCUGGAAAAUGAAUAUCGAUCUUUUUUUUGUUUAAAAACUCCUUUUCAGUGUCUUUUUGUUUUGUUUCAGGUAUUCUGUCACAGGUAGGCAGAGAUACUGGUUGGGGUUGUACAUAUGAGAUGAUUAAAAGUAUACACAAAGGCCACCUAUUUAAAAAUGAAAAUCAAGUUUUUCUUUAAAUCCUACUUUAAUUAUUGCAAGUAGGUUUUUAAUUAUAAAGAGAAUGUUUCUUGAAUAUAAGUUUAUAAUGUAUUUUUCCAGCUUACAAAUUUAUUUUAUUUCAGUUGUGCUUUUUUUUUUUAUUUUGAUGUGACAGAAUGGCUGAACUAUGUGAGGAUAUGAAUGGAACAAUGAAAAACGAGUAUCUGUAUAUUAUUAGAUAUAAAGUUGGAAGCAUCCAAUAAAA